AUGAGACCCUAUACAAGUACUCCUCAGAUUUAACACAGGGAACAAGCACAUGUAAAUAUCUCACAUAUAUAGUUUAAGUCUGCUAUUGAAUUUCGUCAAAAUGUUCAAAAUUAUAAGUAUAUUGAUUAUCUAUAUUCAAAGACCGAAAUUCUAUGUAACCAAGGCUCAUUAGGAUUCAAAUGAGCAAUUCCUUGCCAGGUAUUAGGAUAUAUUUAUAUUUAAGUAAAACCAGAGAUCCACCAAAUUCAAGAGAAUUCAAGAAGACUAUUCCUAUAACAAUGGUUUAAGAUAAGGAAAGAUUGUAUGAAGAACUUAAUAAAACAAAACAGAUGUGUAACAAUUUAAAAUUGGAGAAUCAUCAGUUAAAAGCAUAAUUAAAAGGUUAGGAAACUGCCAUGCUAAAAUGUAGUGAUGUACUUUAUAAAUUUAUUUAGCCUGUGAAAGAAGAGUACUAAUCUUUUGUUACAAAUCCAAUACCUUAAUAUAAUAAUAAGAAACUAAUUAAUGAAGUUCCAUAAUCUACUAUUAUUUUAUAAUUGAAGAAACAAAAUAAGGAGUUAAGAGAAGAACUAGAUGAUUUUAAAGAAGAAAUGAUAAGAGUUAAGAGAAGUGCCAAAUUGACUAAAAUUUAAGAAUUAGAAGCAGAAUUGAAAAAUUAUUCAGAUGAAUCAUUGCGCCUUAAAUAACUUCUUCAUUAAUAAAUACUUAAAACAAUUAAUCCGUAAUUAAUUUCUUGAAUAUUCUAGUACUAAAACAGAAUAAAAUAUUGAAGAUCGAAUACUAAAUUUAUAAGAACAGUUGCAGAAAUGUGUUUAAUAAAGAAAUAAAUAAUAUUAAGAAUUAAAGAAAGCUAAAGAAGAAAUUGAAAAGUUGAACUUCUUGAAUUUAGAAUUAGAAUAGAAUUAUUAGAAAAGUAUUAAAGAGAAGACUUAAAUUAAGAAGUAAUUAUCUUCUUUAGAAGAAUAAUUUAAUAAAGCUUAAUUGAAUGAUCCAUUAUUUAGAAGAGGUUAAGAUGUUACAUAAAUGAAAUUGGAAUUAGAAAAAAAGGUUGUAGAAAAUAAUCAAUUAAAAAAUGAUAAUAUGAUAAAAGAUAGAAAAGUUCAUGAAUUAGAAAGAUAACUAAAAGAUGUAACAAGUACCUUCUAAGAUAAACUAAAUACAGUAACUAAAGAAAAAGAAAGUUUUAAAGAGAAAUAUGAAAAACAAAAAUAAGAACUUAUUGAAUUGUAAGAUAAAUAUUAAUAAUUGUUUUUUAACAGUAAUAGAAAUCUUUAAUCAUAAUAAAUUUAAAGUGGUAGAAGGGAUGCCAUUUUUACAGUGUAAUCUUAAGAAGAUGUUUAGAAUUAAAGAAGAAGAUCAUAAGAACUUACACCUGAUAUGCAUAAAUAAAAUGAGAUAUAAUAAUUAAAUUAGUAAUCUGCUUAAUAAGAGAAAUAAAGCUAUAGAAGAAAAGUGUAAAGAAAGUUGAGUUCUAUUCGAUAAGAUGAUAUUGAAGAGUUGCUUACUUAAUUAAGAUAUAAAUUAAGGGCAUAGAAUAUUAGGAAUGCAGAAUUAGAAUUAUAUCUAUUUCGAUAGAAAGAUACAAAUGAAACAUCUUUAGGAGAAAUGAUAUAGAUUUUAUAAAAUAAACCAUUUAAUUUAAAUCAAAAUGAAAGUGUAUUGAUAUCAAGAUAUUUGAUUGAACCUUAUGGUGAAAAAGAAAUCACAUAUAAUAUUAAUUUAACAAAAGAUAAUGAAAGCAUUUUGUAAACAUUAAUUAGAGCAAUUGGUAAAUAUACAAUAUUAGUUGGAGAGGAUAAAAUUCAUAUGCAUGAACAAAUAAGAUAAAAACUUAAUGAAAAAAAAGAUGAUUUGAUUGGCUAUCUUAAACCUAAAAAAUAAUAAGGAAAUUCAUAAUAAUCAAUAUCUGCUCAAUUACCAGGUAGUUUAGUGAAUAGAUAAUAAUUCAAAACAGCAUUAUUAUAAACUUCAUUAGAUGAGGAAUAAACAGAUGUUCUUUUAUAAACAAUAUAUGAAUAAACUUAGGAUUUUAAUUUUAUUGAUUUAGAUAUGGUAUUUGAAACAUGGCCAAAUUCAGGACCAAUUAAAAUAACUAGAGUUUAGGUAGAAUAAUUGAAUGAAGAUGGUGAAUUGCCUGAUACAGUACGUGAAUGUAUAGAUGGUUUAUUAGAAUAUGCUAAUAAAGAAGGAUUAUCAAUAUUAGAUUUAAGAAGGUAGAUUGAUGAAGAUAAUAGUGGUCAUGUGGAAAGAAUUGAAUUAAAAUAAUUUUUGGUUAAGUGUGAUAUACAAUUAAAUAAUGAAUAGUAUGAUUUAAUUUUAGAUCAUUUUGAUUUAGAAGGAGAUGGUCGUAUAUCUACUAAUGAUAUUGGGAUUGUAUUAAAUAAAGCAUAUAAUUAAAAGAUGUUGGCUAUGAAGGAAUAAAGAUCUACAAAGAAAACUUCAAAAUGUAUUAAUAUCUAUAUUUAGAAAUCUUAAAUUUGGUGGCAAAUCAUUUUAUUUAAUUUAUGUAAAUUAAUAAAAUAGAUUUAUUUUAAAUUUUUAUGACUAUCGAUUAGGAUGGCUCUGGAUCUGUUAGUAGGGAUGAGUUUAAAUAAAUGUUGAGAACUCGAGUAAGUGUAUAUACUUAAAUGGAAGAUUGUAAUUCCUUUGGAUUAAGAAGAGUAUGCAGAGUUUUUCAAAUUGAUUGAUAAUUCAAAUGAUGGAUAGAUACAUUUCAAUGAGUUUUAAUAGCAUAUGAUACCUGAGAUAGAGAAGAUCACAUAGAAACCUUAUCAUGAAUUAUUAAAUGAGCAAAUUACUAAGAAAGUAGGAUGA